AUGCAUGAGACAGCAAGCGGCUUCCAGACUGGGCCCCAGAUUAUCAAAGACCUGGGUCUGGUAGAACAGUGUUUUAAUGAAGACUUCUUUGUCAGCGCGCCGUGCCUGCACAAGCAGCAAAUCCAGCAUCGUGCCUCUGUAGGACUCUUGGGGAUGGUCUUCCGGGGCGUGAUCCGACACUUUGAGUAUUCGGCAAUUGCAAGGAGAAUAGGAGCUAGGGCGUACUUGAACACGUCCAGCUAUGAACAGAAGCAAAUGCAGAAAUCUGCAGAGGAUCAGUGCACAUACUGCCGGGCGCCCUUGGUGCGCCUCCCUCCUGCGCUUUCUGAGAACCCCAUUUGCGACACCGAGUCGUUGCCGCCCGAUGGGGACCUGGAUUACCAGCAGAAUGAAGGCAAAGGCGUGACUGUGAGCGGGUACUGCUGCCUGAAUGGGCACCUGAUUGGACUCUAUGACGGUUGGGAUGGUGGCCAAUUGCUUAACAGAGAGGUAUUGCCUGAUCCGGGGGCGGGUCUCUCAAUAGAAACCUGCAGAGUCCGGAGUGUGCUGAGUUCUGCCCUGGCGCCAAACCCAGCAAAUAACAGCUGUGAUCUGACCGUCAAGCAAAGCCUUGACGCAUUUUCAGCCGCCAGAAAGAUCAAAUGCCUAGCUGAGAGUAUUGAGAAGGGCGAAGGGGAGGUCAAUCUGAUGGAUGCAGAGGUUGACGAUGCAGAGGUUGAAGAGUUGUGGCCUGCUGGGGAUGUACAAACUGACUCCGAGUACUUGAUCCGUGCACGGCAGUCCAUGCUGGAUUGUCGAAUGGACUGGAUUGAAGCACAUUUCAAGGCUAAACAGUUUAGAAUGUCCGCACUGGAGUCGGCGCAGGAGUUGGAGGUUACUACGUCGGGUGAUACCCCUUUCUGGAUCAUCAAUGAGACAGAGCUUGCCAGCGUCAAGAAUCUGCUGGACAGCGUCCCCGAAUCAGAGGGAGUCUUCUUGGAGUAUCUGAUGCAUAGAGAGCACACGGCUUCCAUCCCUUUGGAGCACAUUCGGCACUUGGAGCUCCACAAUCUAAGGAGCCAGGAACUAGAGGAGGCGAGGAAAAAGCUGAUUUCGACUGCGCUGGCAGCUUUGGGUGUCAGAGUGGCCACCCGCGGGUGGCUGCGGGGGCAGUGGCCGGACUCGCCAUCUGUGCAGAACUUCAUCAAGCUCGGAGAUCAGUCGGUGUACGAAGUGGUCAUGUGCCAGAAGAGCGUGUUGCAAGAAAGGAAGCUGGCAGCGGCUGCCCGUCGGAAACCGAAGCUAGAAGCACGAGGGAAGGUUAGCGGAUAAGGUUACAAGCGUACGAAACACCAUAAGCCCGU